AUGCCGCCGCCCAAGCCAAAGACCCUGCACAUCCUCUGCUUCGGCGACUCCCUGACGUCCGGGUUUUGCAACUUCGGCCUGGACGAGCGGCCCUACUCCGCCCGCCUCCAGCAGCGCCUCACAGCCGAGUUCCCGGGCCGGGAGAUCCACGUCUACACAGACGGCGAGCCCGGCGAGCUCGUCCUCAACGGGUCCUGGGAGGCCCGCCUGAGAGCCGAUUUAAACAAGCGCCGCUAUGACUGGGUGAUAAUGCUCGGGGGUACAAAUGACCUCGGGUCCGUCAUCUCCGAGGACAGGAUCCUCGAGGCCCUCGAGGACCGCUGGGCAAAGGUCCUCUCCAAGGGCGGCAAGCUCCUCGCCCUCACCGUCCCGGAGUGCCACAGCAGGCCCGGCUGGCUCGUCGAGCGCAGGGCCCUCCUCAACGACGACAUCCUCGCCCACGAGGCGCCCAACUUCUAUUCAUUUGAUCUUCAUUCACGCAUUCCCUAUCACUCGCUUUCCAAGGAAGACCGUGAAAAGUACUGGGACGACGGCCUGCAUCUCACAGGCGAGGGCUACUCAUGGAUGGGAGAUCACAUUGCCGACGCUCUUCUGCCGCUGGUCAAGACUGACAUCGACGCUGAGAAGGCCUCUCAGAAAAAGUCAUCCCGGCGGAGCGAAGAAGAGACAGUCGUCUUCGAUGAGGAAGGUGGCAACAUCAAAGAUAUCAGCCAGGGCUACGUUAUUAUUAGAAAGAAGGAUUUGGAGUAG